AUGUAUAGUUUGGUGUCGUUUUUGCUUAUAUUUGGAUUUGUGUCGUGUGAUAAAGUCUUGGAGCUUAAUGAGGAUAAUUUCGAAUCCGAAAUAAAGUCUCGUCCUCUGACUUUGGUUAAAUUUUAUGCACCUUGGUGUGGUCAUUGCAAACAGUUGGCUCCUGCAUUUAAGUCUGCUGCAGAUAUUAUUGCGGAAAAAUCUGACAGUAUAACACUUGCCAAGGUGGACUGUACUGUACAUCAAAAUUUAUGCUCAAAAUACAAAGUUGAUGGAUAUCCUACUCUUAAAAUCUUCAGAAACGGAGAGCUAGAUAGUGAUUAUGAGGGUCCAAGAUCUUCAGAUGGGAUCGUGAAAUACGUUUUGUCACGGGCUGGUCCUGCAUCAAAAGAAAUCAGUGUUGCUGCCGAAGUUGAGGCCGUUGUUUCAGAUAGUAUGCCAACAGUGGUUGCAUUUAUCAAAUCGGCCAGUGACCCCUUGGCUGCGACUUUCCUGGACCUUGCAAAGACUAUGAUAGACGAUGCCGUGUUUUCCCACAGUCACAGUAAUAUUUUUGAGAAUUCAGGAGACAAUGAGAUCCGAGUGUAUCUUCCUAAACGUCUUAGAACUAAACUGGAGAGUGAUUUCAGUACCUACAAGGGAGAUCUAAGCAAGCAAAGCAUUAAGACUUGGAUUCGCAAGAAUGGUCAUGGACUGGUUGGUUACAGGUCACCUAAGGACUCAUUUUACUUCAGAGAUUCCAAUCUCGUUGUAAUCUACAAUAACCAGUCCAUCGAGUCUUAUCCAGCUGGUGUUAAAUAUUGGAGAAAUCGUCUUUUAAAAACCCUUAAAGAUCAAACAGAAAAGUUCAAAGAUUUCACGUUUGCCUAUAGCUUCUCCGACGAUUUUUCUCACGAAUUGUCUGAGUUUGGCUUAGAUUCUGGCGAAUUUCCAGCUGCUCGGAUAAGAUCCUCCGAUAGUAAAAAGUAUAAACUUGAUAAAUUCAGUCUGAACUCUUUUAUUGAAUUCGUGAAUAAAUUCAAAGAAGGCUCACUAUCCCCUUAUCUAAAAACCGAACCACUCCCGUCAGACGAAACUACUGCUGUCAAGAAGUUGGUUGCUCUCAACUUUGAUGAAAUAGUGAAUGAUGAGAAAAAAGACGUCAUGGUUGUAUUUCACGCACCCUGGUGUGGCCAUUGUCAGAACUUGAUGCCUAAAUAUGAGGAAGCAGCCAAGAAGCUCAAGGAUGAGUCUAAUGUCAUAUUGGCUGCAAUGGAUGCAACUGCUAAUGAUGUACCAUCACCAUAUGUAGUUAGUGGAUUCCCGACGAUAUAUUUCGUACCAAAAGCAAAGAAGUCUUCCCCUGUUCAAUACCAGGGUGGUCGAACUACUGAGGAUAUCAUCAAAUACAUUGCACGUGAAGCCACUGAUGAAUUAAGUUGUUAUGAUAGGUCAGGCAAUGAAAAGAAGAAAGAACUGUAG